GAUUUUGUUUCUGCUGUUUAGGGUUUAUGUGUGUUAACCCAGUAGAUGAGCACCAGCCCUUCACGAUUCGGUUGGUUUUUAUUAUUCAAUUUUUACCAUUCACAUUGAACAUUGGUCGAUAAAUCUUUGUGUUUUGCUGAAUUUUUGGAACAACCCCUCAUUCUGGGGAUAGUUUUGCUUUGAAUUUUACUCAAUUUUGCAGAGUUUUUUGGGGGAUCAUUUCAAUUGAAAGGCACAGAAUUUUUUUGAUUCUUUGAUUUUCUGUUUGGGAGGUAUGAAAGGUAAGUUGUAAGGUCAUGUGUGUUUGGGGCCAAGUUGUGCUUUGUUUGCCCUUUUUGCCACCUAAACCCGUUUCUCUAGUGAAAUUCAAUGCUUAGCUACCUUGGUAUUUAGUUCACAAGCCAAGAAAAAAGUUAUGCACAACUGUGUAUGUGAAAUAAGAGUAGUGAUAUACAAAUAUAAAAAUCUAUGCUGAAAAGUUAUACUGAAUGAUUUGGCUGGGUUUUGAGCUAUCAUCUCAAAAGAAAGAACUCAUGGAGAUGUCUUUAAUUACCCAACAUAACACUGCCACGUCAUUAUGGUUACAAAAUCCUUGGAAUAAAUCUGUUCAUUUUACUUUUCAACAUUAGAGAUGAGUUUUGAUUUCCGUUGCAUUUGUAAUUAGCACAUUCAUAUAUUUGUGGGAUCAUUUUGGUUAUCAUAAAUUUUUUCCCUUGCCUGUUUUGUAAUUUCUUGACUGUAAUGUAAUAGAAACAAAUGGCUUUUAUGUAGCAUUUUUAACACCUCAUUUCCUUUACCUAUGAUAAUAUUAUAGUGGUUCUCUUAAUUAGGAUAACAAACAAAAAAUAAGUCAUAGAGCUCAAAAAAUGGAUUGGAAUACAAUAGGAAAGAAGCAAGUUUAAGAGUUAGAGUUUUGGAAUUUUUACCCAUGCAGUUGCUGAAAACUUGUUUGUUUAUUCCUGAUUUUUUUUUUUUUUUGAAUUUAUACUCUCUCUCUCUCUCUCUCUCUCUAUAUAUAUAUAUAUAAGUUUGUACUCUUCAUUUAUUCUUGCUUUGUGUUGUUAUACAGAAAUGGUGCUACAACAUACGAUUGGGUUCAGACAUUUUUUCUCUCAUCCGCUGAAAGAGCAAAAUUUUAAAGAUUCCCCUUAUUCUUCCAUUGCUGCUACCACUACUACUAUUCAGUUUAAUGGAAAACGGGGGAAAACUGGUGUGCUUUCCUCAAGGAUGGACAAUUCUACCCUGUCAAUGUCGUCACCAAACUUUCCAAAGCAGGCUGGUGGUUUCAGAUUAGGCAAAUUAAGAGCUUCUAGAAUAGCUGAAAGACUCAAUCCUGAUGAUGAUGGGGGGAAUAAGGAUGGAGAAGCAUCUAGUGGGAGAUGGGGAGGAUGAUGAUACUUUACUUAUGGAUGAGGAUACUUUACUUAUGGAUGAGGAAGAGAGGCAAGAAUGGAGGAGGAAGAUUAGAGAAGUGAUUGAUAUGAAUCCGGAUGUCAAAGAGGAGGUAGACCCUGUCGAGAGGAGGAAGAAGAUGCAGAAGCUUUUGGCUUAUUAUCCACUUGUUGUGGAGGAGGAUGAUCCUGAUUGGCCCGAAGAUUCUGAUGGGUGGGGUUUCAGCUUGGGUCAAUUCUUUGACAAGAUUACUAUUAAAAAUGUCAAGAAGGACGAUGAUGAUGAGAAUUAUGAUAGUGAAAAUGAAUUGGUGUGGCAAGAUGACGAUUACAUUCGUCCAAUCAAAGACAUCACCACUAGAGAAUGGGAAGAGACUGUAUUCAAGGACUUCAGUCCUUUGAUUGUCUUUGUGCAUAAUCGAUAUAGAAGACCACUGGAAAAUGAAAGGAUGCAGGAUGAAUUGGAGAAAGCUGUAAAUAUCGUAUGGAACUGUCGGCUACCAUCACCAAGAUGUGUUGCAAUAGAUGCUGUUGUUGAGCUUGAUUUAGUCUCUGCUCUACAAGUGCUCGUCUUCCCAGAGCUUAUCUUCACUAAAGCUGGAAAGAUCUUAUACUGUGAGAAAGUGAUUCGAACAGCAGAUGAGUUGUCAAAAAUAAUGGCAUUCUUUUAUUACGGAGCAGCCAAACCGCCUAGCUUGAAUACCAUUGGAAAGAGUAAAGAACAAAUUCCUACCAUUUCAAUCAACAGUGAACAUUGUCAGAAUAAAAGUCGUACAUAACUAUAUAUGUGUGUGUGUGUAUGCUAUGGUUUAGAGAAUGAGAGUUUCUGGGUUAGCGAUGCUGUGUUUACCAUGUUGUUCCCCAUUCAAAUCAGUGGACACCAUGAAAAUUUAGCUCAUAUGUAUAUUCUGGGGAAGAUUUAUAACUACAUUCAGCAAUUGUUUGUUAAUUUCAGUGUGAAAACAGAAAACUUUGUUGUUUAUGUGCAAGAUGAAUAUAGAUUUUUUUAUUUUAUUUUG